UCCCCGGUAAGGAUGUGGCUGCCAUGGCAACUGCUGAAUCAUCCUCCACCGUCUGCCGCCGUUCCUCUAAUGCCAUCUCUUUGUGCAGCAAGGCCCUCCAUCAUCCAGGCCUGUAUUAGCAUAUUGAUCGGACGGCUUCAAUUUGCUAUAUUACUUGCAGCAGCCUGUGCAGGGUAGUCUCGCAGGACACGGGAGAGGUGCAGCAGGGCUGAACAGCAGCCAUUCGGAUGGGCAACGUACCCACUACGGUGAAGCACUGCCUGAGCUAUGAGCAACUCAUUCAGGACUACCCAUGGCUUAGACGCUGGCUGCUGGAGGAAAAGACCAUCACAGGACAUGAGUAUCCAAAGUUUGUUAAAGUAGUUGAAGUUGGGCCGAGAGAUGGACUUCAAAAUGAAAAGGAAAUUGUUCCGACAGGGGUGAAAAUCCAGCUGAUAGACAUGCUCUCAGGAACAGGCCUGUCUGUGAUCGAGGCCACCAGCUUUGUCUCUUCAAAGUGGGUACCGCAGAUGGCAGACCACACUGAUGUGCUCAGAGGAAUCCAGAGAGCACCUCAUGUGCAGUACCCUGUUUUGACACCUAACAUGCAAGGCUUCCAGGACGCUGUUGCAGCUGGUGCUACUGAGGUGGCGGUGUUUGGGUCGGCAUCUGAAACCUUCAGUAAAAAAAAUAUUAACUGCUCUAUUGAUGAAAGCAUGCUGAGGUUUGAGGACGUCAUCAACACUGCCAAAGAGCAGCAGAUUCCAGUGCGCGGAUACGUUUCUUGUGCACUUGGAUGCCCCCAUGAGGGAUAUAUUGAGCCUUCCAAAGUUGCUGAGGUGGCAAAGAAAUUAUAUGAAAUGGGCUGUUAUGAGAUUUCCUUGGGGGAUACCAUCGGUGUUGGCACUCCAGGAUCUAUGUUUAAGAUGCUGCAGACUGUGAUGAAAGAGGUGCCUGCCGACGCUCUAGCAGUUCACUGCCAUGACACUUAUGGGCAAGCACUGCCCAACAUCCUGACUGCACUUCAGAUGGGGGUCUGUGUGGUGGAUUCUGCAGUAGCUGGCCUGGGUGGUUGCCCGUACGCUCCGGGUUCAUCCGGCAAUGUUUCAACAGAGGAUGUUCUCUAUAUGCUCCAUGGCAUGGGCAUUGAAACUGGUGCCAACCUUGCCAAAGUCAUAGAGGCUGGUGACUUCAUCUGCAACGCUUUAUGUCGCAAGACAAACUCCAAGGUUGCUCGGGCAAGAGGCAGGACACUGUGAUGUGUUUCCGUGAAGAAAUAUAUUUAAAAUAUCUGACUCCCUUUAAAAUGCUUCCCCUAUUGUUACUGCCUUCAUAUUUGUUGCCUAUGCUGCCAUAAUUCAAGUAUGUUUGUGUUUUAUGAUUCAAUAUCAGCUCUUUCAAACUCUCGUCCUCUAUCUUUUAAGUGAAUCUUUUUGGACUGAGCUGACAUUAUGAUUAGCUCAAUCAUCCCAUUUUUGGUAAUUUAUUUUUCGUUGAUUCAUUUUGGUUAUCUUAUUUUUUGCUCUGUAUGUCAUGACAUCACAAAAGAGCAUGGGCAGACUAUAUUGAAUGAAGAAGAAUAUAGAUUUGUGACAAAUGAUUGAAUUGAUUACUUGAAUUAUGAAUAUAUAUAUAUACUGGCCCUUUUAAAGGCUGGAUAAUACAAGUAUAUUUUCAAAAUAUAUUUAUUUAGUUUUGAUGAUUAUUACUUUGCAUAGCCCAGUGGCCUUAUAAUAUAAAACACAAAUAAGAAAUUAGUCUGCUUGACAUGCUGAACUCAAUUCAUUAUCACUACAGAAACACCCGUGGUCA